UUAGUUGCGGUACGCAAGCACGCCGAAGCGGAGCGCAACUUCGGAACCGCGUACGGUGGGUGGGAGUUGCAGCCCUCGUGAGUCAAGAGAGCGAAGAGUAACCGAAAGAACAGACUUCUACUCAGUCUGUCCGCGGCCGUCCGUCAAGCAGACGUCCCCGACUCUCUUGUGCCCCUACUUCCAUCGUUUCCGUCCGUCGUCUCAUAUCGAGUGUCUGUUUCACAGUGCCUCGAGGACCUCGUGAAUGUCACAUGUCGUCGAUGGUACGACCGUUAUCACCACCGACACCCUGACCGAUCAUCACCAUCGCUCUAUCGAUCGCGAGGAUCGAUUUUGAUCGUCGUGCACGCGCUUAUGACAGUUUAUCGAGUCGAACCUAUCCUUCGUGCAUGAGAACGACUGAACGUGUGAUCAAGUGGCAAAACGUGCAAGCAUGUGGUACGCGAAUUUUAUCGCGGGUCUAAUAGGCCUGAUCUUCAUCGUCGGCUUGCCACCCUGGUGUUCAGACGCGUUUAACGUGGAGACGAAACAUUAUGCGGUUUAUCGAAACGAGACCAGAUCCAUGUUUGGAUUCGCGGUUUCUGUGUACCGGGAUAGAUACGGUCGAGGAUGGGCGAUCGUGGGUGCACCGGAGGCCGAAACUCCUCAAGUUGGCGUUCACAGAGGCGGCGCCGUUUACAAAUGCGACAUCGCUGCCGAUGACCGAUGCACGCUGAUCCAUUUCGACAGCAAAGGGAAUAACCAUAUCAGAAAUCCAAACGUACCGGGUGGUUUGAGUCAAAUCGACAAUAAAACCCUUCAAUGGUUCGGUGCCACGGUUUCGGCAUCGUUGAAAGAUGGAGGACCCAUACUGGCGUGCGCCCCGAGGUACAUCUGGUUCUCCGUGUCCCAACAGAAGUACGAUCCGGAAGACAAUCGAUGGAACAAGGACUCGCCCGUUGGAAGUAGAAGGGAACCCGUUGGCACCUGCUGGGCCGUCAGCAACAACUUCAACGAGUCACAGGAAUAUUCACCCUGUCGCACCAGGUACUGGGGAUACCAUAGGCAGGGUUCGUGUCAAGCUGGAUUGGGCGCUGCCAUGUCCAAGAACGGUGAGAGGCUGUUCAUCGGAGCGCCAGGAAGUUGGUACUGGCAAGGUCAGAUAUACUCGAUCAGCACCGCAUUGAGAUUGGAGUUCUUAGCGACGAUGUUCGUCAUCCCCGAAGCAGAUGCAUCAGGCCAAGCGUUUUCACAGCCAUUGAACAGCCGCGCGAGAAUAAUGUUCACGAAGGAAGGGCCAGCCACCGAGGACGAUAGCUACAUGGGUUACUCUGUCACGACCGGCGAUUUUAUUGGAAACGGUGACAGCGGCACCGCCGUCGGCGUACCUCGUGGCUCCGACCUCCUCGGCAAAGUCAUCAUCUUUACCUCGAACAUGACGAAUCAUCGCAACAUCACCGGAGAGCAAAUGGGAGCUUACUUCGGUUACGCCGUUGCUUCUGGCGACAUCGAUGGCGAUGGACUAGACGAUCUUAUAGUUGGUGCGCCUAUGUACACGGUGCCAGAUAACCCGGAAAUGACCAUCGAGACCGGAAGGGUGUACGUGAUCUAUCAAGGCGUUGGAGCUGAAAAAUUCCGCAAAGUUGACUCUAGGGACGGAGAGAGCAACCGCGGACGAUUCGGCUUGUCACUGGCCUCUCUGGGGGACAUCGACCGUGACGGUUAUGGUGACUUCGUGGUGGGUGCUCCUUACGGUGGUUUACGUGGUCACGGUGCCGUGUACAUCUAUCACGGUUCGUCAACCGGCGUUCUCGAAAAGUAUUCCCAGGUGAUCUACGCUGAAAACCUCGAUGUACCGGUGAACACGUUUGGAUUUUCCGUGUCUGGUGGCCUCGAUCUCGAUGGAAAUCGUUAUCCAGAUUUGGUGGUCGGUGCUUACGAAUCUGCCACCGCUAUAUUCUUCAGGUCCAGGCCGGUCAUCAAGAUGGAUUCGUACGUGUCCUUCGAUCUGGAGUCGAAGUUGAUCUCUCUGGACGAUAGAAAUUGUACACUAUCGGACGGCAGCAGAGUCACUUGCCUUCCUCUGAGAGCUUGUUUCAAAUAUAGCGGGGAAGGUGUUUUCUCGAGGCAUAAUUUCAAUAUUCAAUACGCCCUGGACGUGAAGAAAACAAAGAGUCCGAGAUUGUUCUUCUUGGAGCUGGAGGGAAGGAACACGAUGAAUCGAACGAUCAUGGUCGAUCGCGAACGACAGUUCUGUCGCACCGUUCAGGUAUACGUGACACCGAACAUUCGCGACAAGCUUACAUCGCUGGACGCCGAGAUGCGGAUGAGUCUCGACGAGGAACGCUACGAAGACACUCGACCGAGAGACCCUAGACUCUCCUUGCGUCCCGUUCUGGGUUCCACGACGUCCAGGAAGGACUCUCUGUCCAUCAGAAAGAACUGCGGCCCCGACAACGUGUGUAUCCCAGAUCUGCAGAUGAACGUGACAUCGAACGUGCAGAAGUACCUGCUAGGCUCCGGCAAACGGCUGCAGCUAGACGUGUUGGUGCAGAACAUGGGGGAGGACGCUUUCGAGUCGACGUAUAACUUGAAACUACCCGCUGGUAUCGAUUACAUCAAAGUGGAGAAGAUCGAGACUAUGGGGGUGCCUGUUCAAUGUUCGGCGCCCAAACAAUCAAAUAACAAUACUCUUCGUUGCGAUAUUGGCAAUCCAUUGCAGAAGAACGGAUUAGUUAAAUUCAGAGUGUUGUUGCAACCUGUCACGUCGCAUGGAAUGAAGCCGAUUUACGAGUUCGAAAUGGACGUGAACACCACCAAUCCUGAGAAUCCGUACACGACCGGCGAUAAUACGUAUACCUUGAGAUUGCCAAUUUGGAUCGAGACCGAUCUACGAAUAGACGGUGAAAGUAAACCGAAGGAUCUGUAUUACAAUCCGGAUAAUUAUACCAGCGAGAUAAAUGUUACUACGGAGGCAGAGUUUGGACCAGCUAUGACGCACAAUUACACUAUUCGGAACCAGGGUCCAUCGGACGUUAUCGAAGCAGAGGCUUUUCUUAUUUGGCCUGCUCAAACUUUGGCCGGAGACACGUUGCUGUAUUUGUUGGAGCAGCCGGAAACUUCUGGACCCAUCGCCUGUGAACCUGCCAAUGCAAAUUAUCUUAGUCUGAAGCUGGACCAACGCAGAAGUAUGUACUGGCAUCACCCAGAUCCAUCGGGAGUGAUCCUGGACGAGUCCCAAUCAGGCAGAACGAUUAACGUGCAACGAGGCUUCGACAUGGACAAAAGUAAACUGUCGCAGAAAGAGGAGUCCGAGAUCAACACCGGAGACAGUUCCAACAUCCAGAAAUCUCGUCAUUCCUCCACCUCUUCGUCUAAAGCGAUCACCAGUGAAACAAGAAGGUUCCAAUUAUCCGACACUGGAAGCAAACCAGACGUCCUAAUCACCACCUACACUCAAAACAAUUCAGGGACCGGCUCUAUAAAUACGGCAGACUUAGCCGCUGGCAACAGAGGCGUGAUUUUUCACACAGAGUCUGGCGGUUACGGAGAGACGGCUACGUUGGGCGGUGGUUUCCGGCCCAGUGAUGGUAACAGUCUAGGUGCAAGAGUGCCAGACUUCGAAGGAGGCCAUGGAUCGUACGUGAACCAUUCCGAAACCUUUGUAAACCGCUGGGGCGAGACCAGCGUUUCUGGUGGUCGCUCGUCUUCGUCGGAUAGAUACGGCUCUAACAUAAACGAGAACGACGAAAGCUACCAGGAGCUAUUACGACAACGACAGGCACAACGCGAACGCGAGGAGGAGGCUCGAUUGGAACGUCAGAGAAAGAAGGAACAACACAUGGCUGCGCAAAGACAACGAGAGGAGCAAGAACGUUUGUAUUAUCAGAGAAGACAGGAAGAGGAACGCAGAAGGGCGGACGAGGAGAUGAGGAAGAGACAGGAGGAGGAACGAAGACAACAGCAAGAGGAAGAGAUACGAAGGCAACAAGAGGAACAACGAAGACGAAUAGAGGAGGAGGAAUAUAGGCUGGAGCAGGAGAAACGUUACGGCAGUUCCUCCGAACAUCGUGGAGUUCAGAGCGGUUUCAUCAGCGGUGAUCGAGAAGAAACUGUACGAGGAGGUGAAUUCGGAUUUCAACUACGUAACGUCAGCUCCACGCAGGACCUGUCGCGACUGUUUGGAUCCUUAUCGAAGUCAGCGACUGGUUACGAAUUGUUCAACAGACAGGGCAAGCAAUAUGUUCAGUUUAUGGGAAGAUUCCGAAAUUCUGCCGACAGAAAGGAGUAUAUAGAGUUCCAAGAUGGAUCUACGUUUCCUCUUCAGGACCGUUACGGAGGAGAGAGUUACGUUUCUGGACCUACGGAGACCAGAGACGGUACAUUCUUGAAGAUAGAGGGUGAACUUCUGGUCGAUUCGAGCGGAAAAGGAUUCAUCGUGCUUAAAGAUGGCCGCAGAUUCCCUCUGCAGGGCUCGUUUACCUACACCGAGGAAAGAACCUAUACGUUGGAUCCAUAUAGUUACCAGGGAGGUAGAACCGGUAGCGAAUACGAAACCAAGGGUUACAGUAAAUCCUGGAACGAAGAAUCCAGCCAAGCUGCUGGCAUAGGAAGCGACUACGAGUCCAAGUAUACCAGCACGCACGAGGAAAGAAGAAUAGAAGACAGAAGAGUAACUAGCAGAGUUUACGGAAGAGAGAACCGCGAUACUCCCGAGGAACGUUUAUCGACUAAGAUUCCAAAUUCCAACGAUGGUUCUAGAUUCAGGCGAGAAAGCGACAUGGUUAAUGUGAGGGAAUUUAAAAAAUUCGAGAAGCUCCAUAGAAUACCUAGGGAUCUUGAAAACGAUCCUUUAAUGCCAGAAACAGAAUUCGACGAGCAAGAUUACGAGAGCGAUCUAAGAAAGCAGGAACCGGUUAGUCUUUGCAAGACAGCCAAGUGCGUGAUGCUGAGAUGCGUUCUGGGUCCACUGAAGAAGGACCAGGAAGUUUGGAUCGGAGCUAGGUACAGAGUGGACGCAAGGACGUUGAAGAAGGUCGCUCUGCAGGAAAAAGUCAGAGUUUCGACUCGAUUGGAGGCACAAGUCACCAAGCAACCGUUCAUAGGCGCACCUGCCGAACAGGUGAUCAAGAGCCACGAAAUUAAGACGAACGUCGAGCCAAGCAUAACACCAUCUGCGCCGGAUGUUAUUCCGCUCUGGGUCGUGGUGCUCUCUGCCUGCGCUGGAACGAUCAUCCUAUUACUGCUUAUUUUCCUGCUGCACAAGUGCGGGUUCUUUAAGAGGAAUAGACCGUCAGAUGCACCGGAGAGGCAACCAUUGAACAGGAACGGCCACUUCCAGCAGGGUGACGACCACUGAGAAAAAGGGCCAAGUAUCCAUCGGUGGAAUUCAUUUCAAAUCUCUGAAAGUAGAACUGAACGAACGAGACAGGGAGGGCCUUUUAAUCCUCGAAUCUCGCGAAGGAAGAAAUUUACGCACUGCCUGGAUCACGGCUCGUCCUAACUGUAAUACAGUCCCGUGUCAAGCAGCACUGUGACUAAUACUACGAUUAUUGUAAUUAACUAAAUCGCGAGUGCCUUUAUCUCCAGCCCCGAACGAGGAAACUGCUCGAGCAUUUUUACUUACAUCGAAUUACGAACGAAUAAGCGAUGUUAAAAAAGGUUCUGGGGCGAAUCUGCGAUUAUUUUCUACUGCCACUGAAUACUCCUUCCAGCUCCUGCAGCUCGAUCAUGCAAGUUUCUAGUCAGGAGACGUUUUUCUUUUUCUUUUAAUUAUUAUUAUUAUUAUUAUUAUUAUUAUUAUUAUUAUUAUUAUUAUGUCAUUUUUUAAUUACCUGUAAUUUACUUAAGCCACAUGCUCGUCGAUGAUUACGAGCGAAUACGAAGAUCGAUCGAACUGCCUCGAUGACGUGGAGGUCGAAGUGGCCUGCAGAUACAUCUUGCAAUUUAUGGAAAAUAGAUUGCACUUUUUCACUCCGUGUAGAAUUUAUCAUAAUCUUUCCUUUUUUUUAAAAAAAAAAGGGAACGUCCGCUAUGGAGAAUUCUGAAAAAAUAAGAUCGAAGAGUGAACGAGUUUUUCAUUUUAUCGGUCUUGUACAAACGCUGAUUAUAUUCCGGGGCUUGAGCAAUUGCAAAAUAGUUGAGAUUACCAAGAGAAAAAUGUCUAGUUCUGUGUUGUAAAUAUACUAUAGUAUAUUUAUUCUGGCUUACCUGGUGGAAUAUUCAGAAUAAUAAUUUAUUAGUUCUAUUUUCCAUUAGAAGAACGUUUAAUCGGCUCGAAUGCUUCGAUUCACGUCGAUAGAGAUCUCAUUCGUCGCCGACAUCGGCAGUCGAUUUUAUAUUUGUUCUCCUUCUUAAAACAAGCUCGAGAACGGGAGUUUUCGAUUAUUUAUUAAAAUUUCUACAUUAUUAUAUGUAUAUGUAACGUAUGAUAGAGCGUCGUAACGUGAAACCGGGGCUUGCCCUGACUGUAUGUGUGUACAAUCUUGUAAAUUAUUAACUGUAUUACUAAAAACCGUUCAGAAAGUAACUAGCUAACACAAAUUAAUAAUUGUGUAGAGAGCAAACGAAUUCCUGAAUAAGCGGGAAAGUAGAAACUGACCUGUACAUACAGACUUAAGGUGUAAUAUUAAAAGAAAAAAAAAAAUAUAUAUAUAUAUUAAUUAAUAAUAUUAUUAAUAUUAAA